GGCCGGUAUUAAGUCAGUUCACUACCAAGCCUUACAACUUGGUGGAGUGUAAAGCAAAACAAUUUAAACAACUGAUCGUUUGGAAUCAAAAACGAUUUUGAUUUGGCUUUCAACACAGAAUAUAACAGAAGAUUUUAAUAGUCAUGGCUGCAUCAAAGCCCACUUUAAUCUUUGUUUGUUUAGUAGCAGUUUUGCUGCAAUCAACAGGUUAUGUCAACGCCGUAUAUCCAUUGUUUGAUAAAUUUGCUGCUUUAGCGGCAAUUAAAAAUCCUACCACAACUUUACCACCUGAAACUGAUCCUACCACAACGAUUACCGUACCAACUGGUGAACCUACACCGCCCGAAACACCAACAACAGAUUUACCUGAAACACCUCCUACAACAGAUCCCACAACUGAUACUGAAGAUCCACCACCAACUACUGAUACCGAAGAACCACCCACUGAUACUGAAGAACCACCCACUGAUACCGAAGAACCACCUACUGAUACUGAAGAGCCUACAGAUACUGAAGAACCCACCCCACCAGAAGAUGAGGAUCCGGAUGAAAAAGAACCUGAUGAAGAUGAACCUGAUGAUAAAGAACCUGAUGAAAAAGAACCUGAUGAAGAUGAACCUGAUGAAAAAGAACCUGAUGGUGAAGGAGACGGCCCUGAUGAUGAAGGAGACGGCCCUGAUGGUGAAGGUGACGGCCCUGAUGGUGAAGGUGACGGCCCUGAGGAAAGAUCUAUCUCUUAUUUCAAUAAAGACGAUGAAGACGAUAUUAUCGAAAAUGAAAUUCUUAAAUCGGAAAGCUCUGAUAUUGCUGAAGGACGUGCUUACCGUUCCAGUUCAUCUAGAUGGCGUAGUAGACAAAGACGUUUGCGUGCCCAACGUGACAGACUUAACCGUCAACUUAAACGUCAAAGAAGAAAUUACCAAAGACUAAUUCGCAAUCAACGCCGCAGGCAAAGAUAUCAACAACUGAGAAGACGUAACCAACAACGCAGACAACGCAACCGACGUAAACAACGUGUUCAAAAUAACCGCCGUAGGACUCAAACAAAACAACGCAACCGUCGUCGUUUGGAGCAAUGGAGAAAACAACAACAGCGACGUCGCCGCAGAGCUAACCAAAUUGCCAGACGCCGCAACGAACGUAGACGUCUUAAUCGCUUGAGAAACCGUAUCAUGAGGAAAAUUCGCCAACGUCGCCGCCAACAAUUGAGAAGACAAAGACGCAACAAGAGACCAAAACAAAUCCGCAUCAGGCGUUCCCGCCGCGGCCAACGUCGUCGUGUCGUACGCAGAAAUCGUCGUCGUCAAUAUUGAAAAGGAUAAUGCCCACCGAUAAAUGGAUAAAUAAAAAUUAAAACUUAUAUUACAAAAAAAAA